AUGUACCUGCAGAGUAACAGGGUGUCGCUUGGGGAACCGCAGGAGUCAGAAACAACACCACCGCCGAUAACGCCACCGACGACAACGCCACCGCCAACGACAACACCGCCGCCGACAACGCCGCCGCCGACAACGCCACCGCCGACAACGCCACCGCCGACAACACCACCACCACCGCCGGAAACAACACUUCUCGGCUGCUACGAUGGAGUACAAUUCUAUCCUGCGGGAACGGUAAUAGAAGAUGUUCCAGGCUGUUUUGGGUCCUAUUUAGCCUGUGGCGAUGACGGAGAGUUCAUUUAUGGGGACAACUUUGGAUACGGAUGUUGCGAGCACGAUGGACAGCACUAUGAAGACGGGGAGACCAUCAUCACAGCUGACGGAGUGACAUGUUACUGUGAGGGGAGUGACUUUGUCGAAUCUGUUCCCAUGACCUGCGAUGGAACGACCGUGCCACCAACAACUUUGCCUCCUACAACAACUUUGCCAACGACAACAACUUUACCUCCGACAACCAUUCGAGUCGGCUGUGAGUAUGGAGGACGAUUCUACCCUGCAGAGUCUAUAAUAACGUCGAUACCAGGCUGUACGGGGGGUGAUCUAUACUGUGACGAAGAGGGAACGAUCCUUUUCGGGUACGACUUUGGACACGGAUGUUGUGAGCACAAUGGACUGUUCUUCGGAGAUGGACAGAUCUACUUUGAUGGCGAUGUGGCUUGCUACUGCGAUGGGAGCACAAGUAACAAUAAUUAUAUAGCUCCAAUGAUCUGCCAAGUAACGACCACACCGCCGUCGCCGACAACAUACCCGCCAGAACCAACGACAACACCAACGCCACCGCCGACAACCCCACCUCUCGGCUGCGACUAUGCAGGACAAUUCUACCCUGCGGGAACGACAAUAGAGGAGGUUCCUGGCUGUUUUGGGUACAUCAUAAUCUGUGACGACAACGGAGGGUUACUUAUUGGGGACAACUUUGGAUACGGGUGUUGCGAGCACGAUGGACAGUACUAUGAAGACGGGGAGACCAUCAUCACAGCUGACGGUGCGACCUGUCGCUGUGAGAGGAGCGACUCUGGGGAACCUGUUCCCAUGAUCUGUGAAGAAACGACAACGACCAUACCGACAACAACCCCGCGUCAUCAUGGCUGCGAGUAUGGAGGACAAUUCUACCCUUCGGGAUCGAUAAUAGAGGAGACGCCUGGCUGUUUCGGGAGGACUGUAUGCUGUGAUGAGUACGGGCAGGUGGUCAUUUGGGAAAACUGGGGAUACCAGUGUUGCCAGUACAACGGACAGUACUAUGAGGACGAAGAGACCAUCACGAGAGCGGACGGUGCGACCUGUCACUGCGAGGGGAGCAACACGUAUGAACCUGCCCCCAUGAUCUGUGACGAUCAACAGGUGUACUUGACCACUGUUGGCGCUUGGAAAUUUUACAAGGUUCGUGUGACUGGACAGAUGACCAAUGCCAACGUCAAGGCCACGUGCGAGGCGGCGGGGAUGAGGUACCCCUGCUACUCAUCAGGUAUGGACGGGUGCACCAGCUACUACUGGGCCUCAGACUGCAUCUGCUACGACGCCGAUGUCAGCUGCUUAACCCACGAGGUCCUCUCGGCACACCUGUGUGGGACGACUGCCGGGGCCGGCAGCAGGUGUGAGCACCUUGAUGACACCUUUGCGUACAUGCCCAUCUGGCUGCACGGUGAUGACAGCGCCAUUGGAGUGGACUAUCAGACUCACACCUGGGGCCUGUAUGGAGCAGACUACAGCAACAUGUACGCCCUGUGUGCAGGUUCAGUGUCUUUCCAGUGA